AUGGCUUCUGCGGACAUGCAAAAGCUAGCGCAGGUGCUCCAGGAAACGUUGCAACCCGAUCCGAAUCGUCGAAAAACGGCCGAGGGCGAGCUAUUUAACCUCGAAUCUGUCCCAGGCUUCGGCCCUUUGUUAAUCGAGCUGGUCGUCACGGAGUCGGCAUCACAGGAUAUUCGUAUCGCCGCAGCCAUCUCGGCCAAGAAUUUCGUGAAGCGGCAAUGGGGUGACAUGGCCGAGAAAGAGCUGGCUGAUCAAGAAAAAGCCACGAUUCGCGAGACGGCGCUGAAGGCCAUGCUGACCACUUCCGGCAACCUCCGAAAGCAGCUCUCGCACACCGUAUUUCUAAUUGCCAAGAAAGACUUUCCGACGCAAUGGCCCAACCUAGUCGGCAUCCUGGCCGAGCAGCUGACUUCGGACAAUUUCGAGCGUAUCGUGGCCACGCUUUCUACAUUGGACCAAAUCUUCGAGAAAUAUCGUUACGAGAGCAAGUCAAACGCGCUGUGGAGCGAAUUGAAGCUGUGUCUGACGGCCGUCCAGGAGCCGCUCACCGGGCUUUUCGGCAAAAUGCUGGAAAUUAUCCCGCAGAAGGACCAGCUUUCGUCAAGCGACGCUGGCAAUUGGAUUGAUGUAUUGCGGUUGAUCGCCCGUAUCUACCACUCGCUCGCUUCUCAAGACCUGCCCGAGUAUUUCGAAGAUAACCUGAAGCCGUGGAUGGAGGGCUUCAUGGCGUUGCUUGCCAUGACCGUCGACAGCCAGCGAAGCACGGCCGGAGAAGCAACUCCACUCGAUAAGCUAAAGGCCGAAAUCUGCGGGAUCGUGACUUUGUACGCGCAGCGCUAUGAGGAGGAGAUCACCCCGUUCAUGCGGCCGCUAAUCGAGGGAAUCUGGGGGCUUCUUGUCAACACCGGCAGCGAUACUAGGUACGAUGGGCUGGUGUGUGCCGCACUCGACUUCCUCGCCGCCAUCUGCCUGCGCACAAAAUACGAAGACCUAUUCCGGGGCGAAGGCGUGCUGCAAACGAUCGCCAUCGAUAUUGCCGUCAAAAAUCUGACCCUCCGUGAAGAAGACAUCGAGCUGUUUGAAGAUGAGCCCUUGGAGUAUAUGAAGAAGGACAUUGAAGGCACGGAUAUGGGCACUCGACGUCGCGGCGCUAUCGAUCUUAUCCGGAAUCUUUGCAAAACCUUCGAGGCUGCCUUGGUCAAUUUGCUCGCCGGGGUCAUCAACGAUUCGCUGAAACGAGAAGCUAACUGGCUGCAGCGGGACGUCGUCUACUGCCUGAUCACCGCCAUGGCGAAGAAGGGGGAAACGCAGCGAAUGGGCGCCACCAGCACCAGCGAACUGAUCAACGUCGCCGACUUCUAUAAAAAUGCGGUGUACGGCGAGCUGUCGACGGAAAUCGACUCCAGCGCUAUUCUCAAAGCCGACGCCAUCAAAUUCUUGGUCACCUUCCGGACGCAGCUACCACCUCAAGACAUUGUUCAAUCAAUUCCGCUGCUGCUAAAGCUGCUUGGUUCUCGUCAUGUUCAGGUCCACAAAUACGCUGCCUGGGCCGUUGAGCGCCUGUUGUUGAUGCGAAUCGAAGGGCGACCCUUGUUCUCCGCGGCCAACGUUCCGGUGGCCCCGUUCCUGGCAGCGCUUGUGGCCUGCUUUGAUGCGGAUCCAAAGUCGCAGAACUCGUACUACUUGAUCAAGGCCCUGAUGCGGAUCGUGAAUAUCCUGGAUUCUAACACAGCCGCGGCCGGCGGACAGAUUGCGAUGAAGCUCGUGUCGAUGGUGGAACAGACAAUUCGAAACCCAGCCGACCCGAUCCACACACACUUUUUGUUCGAGACGAUGUGCGUACUCAUCAAAAAGGCAUCCGCACAUGUUGCUGGUGGCCUCGACCCGUCGCUCCUUCCCAUCAUCGAAAUGAUUUUGGCCCAAGAGAUGCAAGAUCUGAUCCCCUAUGCCCUUCAGCUCACUGGCGUCCUGCUCGCUGAUUGCGUUACUCGGGGAGCGCCUGCGGACGCCUACCUCGGCUUCCUGAGCUUCUUGAUGCGUCAGGAUUUCUGGGCCAAGAGCGCCAAUAUUCCCGCCGUGUUGUCGCUGCUCGAGAUCUAUCUGAAAGCGCUGCCAGACAAGGUGUGCGAGUCGUACAGCACGCUGCUCGUCACCCAAUACGUCAGACUGAUCAGCUCGAAAAACCUCGAACUGUACGGCUUCAAGUUGGCGUCACUGCUGCUGCCGCACAUGCAACGACUGCAGGGCAUCGACAACCCGUUCGCCAUCCUCUUCAACAACAUUUUGAAAAGGCUUCGGGACAGCAAAACACCGCGCUUCAACAAGCACUUUUUGGUGUUUGUCGCUAGGUUCGUUGUCGUGGUCAACGUGGAGACGUUUGUCAAGGUCCUGGAGCAGAUGCAGCCCGGCCUCUAUCGAAUGAUUAUGGAGAAGAUCGUGGGCCCGGCUUUGUGCGAUUGCAGGGCUGUGACGACGGCCGACGAGAAGCGCACAAUUGGCAUCGGAUUCGGCCGCUUGUUCUCGGAGACUGCUGGUGCAUUAGGUGAUGCGAUAAAGGCGCUGGCCUUUGCGACGAGGAUGCUCCUUGACGAGCCCCCCGUGAGCACCAACUUUGGGCAGACGCUCGAGGACGAACAGGCCAGCAUGUACAACGCCGAGGGCGAGUUCGUCAACCCGUACAGCCAACUUUCCAACGCCGGGCUGCGAGAAGAGGUACUUGCCCCGGAAAUCACCGAUCACAAAGCAUUCUUCGAAGCCGCCGUCAGCCGCAUCCCGCUG